CAGCUAUCAUUUGCCGACAACGACAAAUAGAAACAAAAUUUCCAUCACGUCAGGACUUGCAAUUUCUUAUUUUCAAUUUAAACAAAGAACAUCAAUCGAAUUUAAUUAACAAACAAAUUAAAAACAUGGCUUCAACAUCUGAAAUGGCUAUGAAAACCUGGGAGUUGGAGAACAACGUCAAAACCCUCCCAUCUUGUGACGAGAUAUUUCGCUACGAUGGCGAACAACAAAGGCAAGUCCUUGAUGCCAAACCUUGGGAAAAGGAUCCACAUUAUUUCAAAGAUAUCAAAAUAUCUGCCCUGUCUUUGCUGAAAAUGGUCAUGCAUGCAAGAUCUGGUGGAACUCUGGAAGUUAUGGGAUUGCUUUUGGGCAAAGUUGAGGACAAUACAAUGAUCGUCAUGGAUGCAUUUGCCUUACCUGUCGAAGGAACCGAAACAAGAGUAAAUGCUCAAUCCCAAGCCUACGAGUAUAUGUCGGCCUACAUCGAUUCGGCAAAGGAAGUUGGUCGCCUGGAAAAUGCCAUCGGAUGGUAUCACAGCCAUCCCGGCUACGGCUGUUGGUUGUCCGGUAUUGAUGUGUCCACACAAAUGCUCAAUCAGAACUUCCAAGAGCCAUUCGUGGCUAUUGUCGUCGAUCCAGUUCGAACUGUGUCGGCUGGCAAAGUGUGUCUUGGGGCAUUCCGCACCUAUCCCAAGGGCUACAAACCACCAAAUGAGGAACCCUCGGAAUAUCAAACAAUCCCAUUGAAUAAAAUCGAAGAUUUCGGUGUUCACUGCAAACAGUACUAUCCUCUUGAGGUUAGCUACUUUAAAUCGGCCCUCGACAGGAAGCUGCUUGAUUCCUUGUGGAACAAGUACUGGGUAAACACUCUCGGAAGCUCUGGAUUGCUCACAAACACCGAAUACACAACCGGACAGAUAUUCGAUUUGUCCGAGAAACUUGAGCAAAGUGAAUCAAGCUUAGGUCGUGGACCAUUUGUUGUUUCAGGUGGAGAUAUCAACGAAAAGCGCACCGAAGACAAACUCACCAAAGCCACGCGGGACUGCAGUCGUGCCUCAAUUGAACUUAUCCACGGUCUAAUGGCGCAAAUUGCCAAGGACAAACUUUUCAACAAAGUAGGAAUAAAUAAAAACUAAGAAUUGUAUGUUAAAUAAAAAUUACACUUUAAUAAACUUUAACAAAUGGUUUGCCUAUUCUA